AUGCCUCCAAAAGACUUGUACGGGAAAGAAUUCAGCAUCACCGCAACGCCAAAGCCAGCACCCCUCAACCAUAUCUCCGACCACAUCAACCAGUUGACCGACACACUCCAACCAGAGAUCCUCAAUUCACUCCGUUCAGCCCAGACUCAGUCCAACAAAAAGUUGUGCUUGAAGACCAAGACCAAGCACGUAAAGAAACUCCAAGAACUAAUGAAUAGCCAGCCCAAGUCCACUCCCAAGAAAGCCACCAACAUAUCCAACUAUCUCAGAAAGACUGUUGUCAACCUCAGUGAUAAAAACAUCACUGAACAGCAGGUCAACGUACUCUCCAAGGGACUAAAGUUCAUUCCAACCACACCACUCCGCAACCACGACGACUUCAUCACCAACAUUGAAAAGGGACUCCAACAACUAGCGCCAGGAGGUAAGAUUGACUACUUACGCCACCAGAUAACCGACAUCCUUGCCAAAGCCAGCCCCCAACCACCCAACCUCACAGCUGCCGAAAAACAAGCCAUCCAUCACCUACGAAACGACAAGGAAAUCACCAUUGCCCCAGCCGACAAGGGCAAGGCCACAGUCAUCCUGAACACACCGGACUUUCACAGCAUGGUCAACAAGAUCCUCCAUGACCCAACCACCUACCGCAAGAUCAAGAAAGACCCCACCGCCAAACUCAGCCGCCAACAUAAAGCCAGCCUCAAACAACUGAAAGAGAAGUACGAAAUCAGCCAGCAACUAUAUUACAAACUAGCCACAUCCAACCCACAGCCACCGUAUGCCAGAGCCACGAUAAAAAUCCACAAGACCCCACCCAAGGCCAGACUGCUUGUGUGCUCCAGAGACACUGUGUUCUACACUACCGCCCAACACCUAACGGAAAUCCCUGCCCCACUCGGUAAAACAGCGGACUCCUACAUCUCUGACUCAACGGAUUUCUGUAACAAACUCCUCAAAAUAACUGAAGCAGACCAGAUCCUGAGUUACGAUGUUGUGGACCUCUUCACAAGUGUCCCCAUAGAAGAAACUCUCCAAAUCCUCCGCCAACGCAUCUCUGAAUUAGAAACUCCCCUUGACACCAACCUCACCACUGACUCCAUCAUUGCCUCACCUCUGCCUGCAUCACCUCCACUUACUUCACCUGGGGAGACGACUACUAUGAACAAAUCCACGGCCUGCCCAUGGGCUCCCCUCUGUCCCCAAUACUCACAGAAAUCUACAUGA